CUAAAAACAGUACUACGAUUAGCAGAUGGAGACGUUGACAGUGUAGCUGUACAUGGCAAUAGCUUCGUCUUUCGUAGCAAUCAAGCAAAUAUAUCAAAAUCGUGUGGAAAAUAUACAUUUGAUCAAAUCUUUGCUUCUGAUGCUACUACACAACAAAUAUGCUCAGUUUGUUUGCCGGAUUUGUUACAAACUUGUUUUAGUGGUUCUGAUGCCUGCUUUAUCUAUUUUGGUGCUGUAUCAAAAGCAAAAAAUGAACUUCUGUAUUCACGUUUUGGACACAAAGAUUCAGAAAUUUCAUUAUCUGCUAAAACAACAACAACAUCACAAUUAUCUUUGGGAGCACCAUAUCCAGGAAUUUUUCCAUCUGCGUUAUUACUUACUUUUCGUUUAAUAUCUGAAUUACGUCAACGUCGACCUGAUUUCCGUCAUUCUGUUCGUAUUUCCGCUCUUUACUAUUCACAGCGACGUAAUAUGCUCACUGAUCUCCUUGCACCAUUAAUACGACCUUCAUCAGGCUCUCGACAAGAUGUUAUCAUUCGAGAGGAUUCUGUUUUAGGCAUCAAAAUUGAGAAUCACAGUGAGUUAAGAGUGGAUUCAAUAGGACAAGCAUUUAUACUAAUUAAUGAAAUUGUUCGAAUUAGAUUAAAUGGUAAGUAUAAAAAAGAUACAUCACAGUUAAUCGGCGGUCGAUCUCGUCUAUGUUUAGUAGAUUUGGGACUUGGUGAGCGUACAUCAAAAGGUGAUACACAAAUGAUAACAAUGCCUGUGAUUACAAAUUUGCUUGUAGCUUUAUUCCAGGGUCAACGAUAUCUUCCAAGCAGGCAAGAGCUUAUUUCAUUUUUAAUGCUUAAAAAUUUAAUUAAAAUUAAUAAGACUUUUUUUUUCUCAAAAAAGAAUAUUAAAAAAAAAUCUUUGGGUAGUGUACAAGUGAAAACAUCACUUCUGUUUGCUUCACUCUCAGAUCGAAUGUCUGAAUCUGAUAAUAUCUUACAAAUGAUGUCAAAAAUACAACGAGCUGCUAAGCCACGUAAAGCACAUCGAAUUGGAAGUGAUUCUUCAUCGUCCGAUUGUACACGUAGAAGGCUAGCAGCAAGUAGUGAAGGCAAUUCAAGCUCAGAGCAGUCUUGCGCAGAAACUGUUAUUUUCCUUGGGCCUUCCGUCAGGGUUGAAUCUCCUGAACAAGAAGUUAAUGUUAGUAUACAAUGCAACGAAAAUGAUAUCGAUAUUGAGAAUAUUCAACUUUACGGUUAUCGACGACAAUUAGAUGAUAUUCUGGAAGACGAUGAAGAAACUAGCAUAUGUCAUUCACCAAGGAGUUUAGCUACCGCGGAACAAUUAUUAGAUCCUUUCCAAAAUAAUGCCACCUUAAAGCAACCUCUUAGUAUCCUUAGUCUUGACAAGAUUUCUGCUUCAACAUCAGGCAAAAGUGCUUCCGAAAAUGAAGUGGAAGACGAUGACUUAGAACGAGCAAUGGCUGCUAGCAUUAGCUCAAUUCGUUCACAUGAAAUACUUUCACAAAGUGAAGAAUUUGGAUCUUUGGGAAUUUAUCGAAGAGCUAGUCAAUUAGAAGCUUACGCUGAUGAAAAAUUACGUCAAUUAAACGAAAGUUAUGAAAAAAAGAAGAAAAAACGAUUUGUGCCUUUGAACUGUUGCAGAAGUACUAUGAUGUCAUCAGGAAGUAGUGGUGGAUAUGUGAAAGCAAACACGUCAAGAAGUGCUGAAAAAGAGGAUACUGUAGAAAAUAGUAAGGUUGUGAUCGCAACCAAUGCUAUUUCACCCUCAUCCGAGCAUCUAUCAGUGAUUAUGAAGAGUAAUGAUAGUAGUAUUACUGUAUGUAAAGCUGCUACAGUACCACGGUCCAUUACACAUCCACUAAGCAGUAAUCGGUCAGAAACAACUUUAAAAAGUAAACUACCACGACGAGUUUCUGAAGGAAAUACAAAGAAGGCAGUUUCUCCUGACAAGCAAAUAACAUUACCUGAACAUACAGGACUACAAACGCAUAAUACCAAGAAUACACAUCGCGAUUUACUUGAUUCUAAGAAGGAUAUCAAAAAAGGAAAACGGCUAACCGAACGGCGCAGCUCAGAAGAUGCAGAUCGUAGAACAAUGCAUAGCAUUAUACCAUCGCCUUAUUCAAGGAUAACUGAUGCAAAAAAAGACACGGGAACGUAUUCAUCAGGACACGGUAGUGAUGAAAAUGGUUCAAUCUACAGUAAACCGCCGUUAACUCUUUUAUCUCCACGUUGUAAUCGGCCACGAAAUCGUGAAAGUUUCUCGGCUAGUAGUGGAUAUGAAAGUGCUACUGGUGUUGAUAUUGCUAAAAAUCGUGGGUCAUUUCCAAAAAGAAGACUAUUCAAACUAUCAUGGACCAAUUCUUCUGAAAAAUUUACACUACCAGUGGAAAAGCAAAUCAGCACAAUGAUUAGUAAACAAAAUCGUCUUCGGGAUGACUUACGUGACGCAAAACACUUAUUAGGAGUUGCAGAUGAACACUUUCUCACCGCAUCAACGUCAACUCUGCAGGGUGCUACGUUACUUGAGGCUCUCACUCAAGAAACGAAAAUCUUGGAGAAGCGACUAAUUGCUUGCCGUAAUCAUGCGAUGAUUGUUACGUGCCUUUUAUGA